GAAGAUGCGUCCAACUCUCGAGAGUUCGCUCUUGUUGAGGGCCUGGCAUGUGGAUUUGGUCGAAAUGUACUGGUACAAGCCAUGCCCUUUGCCCUGAUGAUACGUCUCUCUGGGCAUGUAAUCAUCAAAGUUUCCCCUGCGCUUUCGGUUUGAAUGCGUUCAAGGAAGGAGGGCCUGGAACGCUACAAAGCCAAGGGGCAUGCAUCUCCAUGAUUCAUGCUUAAUGGGCGAUCAUGAGGGACUCGCAGAUCUCAAUGUUCAUGCCGAGUUGUAUGGCAACCUCUCGGCAAUUACGAGCCUUUGACACCCUUUCGACAGGAAAGAAAGUCUGGCUGUACCACAAGACAUAUACACAGGGCAGUUCCUGUUUUGGGGGAGUAUUCCGCUGCCCCCGUGUCGGAGGGUGAAGCCGAAGCAUAUCCAGGGUGGAGAAUGAUAGACGCCGCCAUGUGCAGAUAGUUGAGGACCAUGCACCCAAGGUCGCCAUUCCUUGCGACAUGAUCCUUCGUUACUCAACAUACACACUCCCUACUAAGGUUCUGAUACGCAACUGCCGGCCUUUCCAGGUGUAUAACAAGUUUGAGUUGUUGACGGCAGAGCAGGUUGACCGUGGCGCUUAAAAUUUAUGAGGUUGAGUUUGCGGACCUGAAACAGGCCUACUUUAGGUGCACAUCCCGGAUUUCCGGCACUCGCUACUCUGCACCUUUAAAUGGGCGUCUAGUCAAUUCGAUACCAAGAACUGGUUGAAAACAACAACGGACAUUUCACUUGCCAGCCAUGGCAGUACU